AAAGUUGUGCCUCCGGUUAUCCAUGAUCAAGUCCCAAAUAGGCAGUGGUCUCCGACACCACUUGAACGAAUAAAUAUUUUUGGUGGGUGCUUCAACGACUAAUAUUAACAACCCAUUACAAUAAAAUACACAAAUACAAAGGCGCUUCCUUUAUCACCUUCCUCCACACAACAAACCAAAGCUUUCCCAUACAGAUCGGAUUCGCAGCGACGCCGCCUCAGAAUUUCUGAAACCCCAAAACUUGGUUUCUAAAUACAAACCCAAAUUCACUUUUGGGGUUUCUCUUGGUUCCAAACCUCUGCGUCCCGAACCAUCGGAAAACCUCCCAUCCCGAUCAACCGCACCCUCCAUCUCUGACCCUUCCGCCAAUAUCCAAUUCCAGGUAAAGUUUGGAUUUUUGGUUUGGGGAUAGAAGAUGGGGGCAUUCAUUUCGAAGUUUUGGUUCAUGUUGUUCCCUGCAAAAGAGUAUAAGAUAGUGGUAGUUGGGUUGGAUAAUGCUGGGAAGACCACUACCCUUUACAAAUUACACUUGGGAGAGGUUGUCACAACGAACCCAACUGUAGGCAGCAACGUCGAAGAGCUUGUAUACAAGAACAUUCGCUUUGAGGUAUGGGAUCUUGGCGGACAAGAAAGACUAAGGACUUCGUGGGCAACAUAUUACCGUGGAACUCAUGCUAUCAUUGCAGUAAUAGACAGUACGGAUAGGGCCAGGAUUUCUAUUAUGAAAGAUGAACUCUUCAGGUUGCUGGCACAUGAGGAUCUUCAAAAUUCCGUUGUACUGGUUUUUGCAAAUAAACAAGACCUCAAGGAUGCCAUGACCCCAGCCGAGAUCACUGACACCCUUUCUCUUCACAGCAUUAAGAAUCAUGACUGGCACAUCCAAGCCUGUUGUGCCCUCACAGGAGAUGGGCUGUAUGAUGGUCUAGGUUGGAUUGCCCAGCGGGUUACAGGGAAAGCACCCAGUUGAAGAUAGAGAGAGAGACAGAGAAAAGAGAUUUUUCAUAUAUUUGGGGUUUCAAGGAUGAGUGAUGUAAAAGUGUCAGUUGUGUAUCAUCAAUGUUAUUUGCUCUGAGCAAAUUUGUAGAUUGUUUCCAAUUUCAAAUGCUUGAAAUAUUUUACAUUUUGAAUCA